AUGCCCCCCAUAACUCCAUUCCGCCCUCCUGCAUCUACCCGCCGAAAUGCCAGUCCGCAAUUCGCCUCUACCCCUCGUUUUCUCCUAUCCCAACGCGCUAGAUCGUCUAGAGACAAAGAUGAUAUAGAUAUCGCCGGUGAAGAUGAAUUAUCCUUUUCCACACCCGUCGCAUCUACGCGUUCCGCCCCGCGACCUGGGACCCAGCUUGGAUCGGCCCCGCGUCGCAAAGAAGUAAUCGAGGAUUCAGAGGACGAUGAAUUACCCCAAGAUGCAGCACAUACCAAUCCAUCCACGGAUAACAUCUUCGAUGAAGGCACUCCUGGCAGCCCUACUGGUUUCGCAGGUGAAAUCGAAGCGCAAUUCGACGCCCUGUUUGGGUCUCCCGUUGAUCGGUCAAAGAGACGUCGGAUUUCAUUGAAUGCAGAAACCCCCGUUGCGCACCGUGCAAAACCGUGGGAGGACCACAUCUUGUCAUCUUCUCCUGAACGACCCUCAUCAUCCAUUGAUGAUGUCCAUCCCUCGCCAAUUCCGCAUCGCGUUAUGCAGAUAGGAUCAGAGCAUCGGCCGCAGAGACCAGCAACUGCAACACCGCAACCUUCAACACCAGCCGUUAUGAAAUCUGGUUUCCGGAAUCAUCCUCGUUUCAUGUUAUCUGCUACACCGCAGAUAUCCAGUACUCAGACACCCUCUGCACCGGCGACAAUAACACCAGCUUCGCAGCGCCGAAAGCCAGCUUUCGUCAUACCCCGUUCACCAUCUCCAUCGCGCGCAGAGGAUGAUACCGCCCCCCUUCCAACCCCUUUCUCACCCUUGUCGAAAACGCUGAAUCGUCGAGGUCGUCGCGCAAAUGCCCCCGCUUACUUACCGGGUGGCAUGGCAGCCGACGUGCGCAGUUGGAUUCUAGAUAUGGGAACCAAACGGGAGAAUCUAGACAAUAGCCCAAACAAUCGUCCAGCUGUAGCUGAGCCUCCCUUCGCUGAUCCCAAGAAAUAUUCUCUCAUCGCUCGAGUCAGAAAUGUUCGUCAGACUGCUCUGAGUAGUUCUGGCCCGUUAGCAUUCGUGGAGGGGCAAUCUGGCUCAAAUACAGGAGAUGACCAAGUUUCUGAAUCUCCGAAUAUCCUUCUUCUGGGCCCGCCUCGCUCGAAGCCAGCCGAGUCGUCAAUGCUGUCUGCGCACGUUCCAGAGCUUCGAGCGGAUAAUUUGAUAGGCGUCCAUCGUGGAUUGACUUGGGAGAUAUAUCUGAAUGAGCGGGUUGGAUGCAGCUUACCAACCGAAAACCUUGACCCCAACCAAUCCCAGCAGGAGAACCACACAGACACAAAGCAGUGGCUUGUUGGUAUGGAGUGGGACUUGAUACAAUAG